AGUUCUCUAAGGCAUGGAGGGCCAGGCAGGAAGCAUCCGUUUCCUCAAAGCGGCUUCCCUACUGGGACAGAGUCUCAGUCACAAACAACUACCGUCACCCACCCCUCCCUCCCCUCCUUCCCUUACUGCUGUGAGCUCGGAGCAGUGGGACAAAGUGCAUGGGACAAGGCAAGCAGCUGAGGGAAGCCAUGGGCUCUGGAGGAGUGGGGCUCCUGGGGACUAGGGGGCCUCUGCCUCUGCUGCUUCUUCUCGUCGUGGGAGGCAAGGCUCUGGAUUCUUCACCCCAGAUCCUAGUUCACCCCCAAGACCAGCUACUUCAGGGCUCCGGCCCAGCCAGGAUGAGUUGCAGAGCCUCGGGCCAACCGCCUCCCACUAUCCGCUGGCUGCUGAAUGGGCAGCCCCUCAGCAUGGCGACCCCAGACCUACAUUACCUUCUACCUGAUGGGACUCUCCUGCUACAUUGGCCUGCUGUCCAGGGACGGCCCCAAGAUGACCAGAAUAGCCUCUCAGCACUCCUGGGUGUCUACACAUGUGAGGCCAGCAACCGGCUGGGCACAGCAGUGAGCCGGGGUGCUAGGCUGUCUGUGACUGUCCUCCAGAAGGACUUCCAGAUCCAGCCUCGGGACACAGUGGCUGUGGUGGGUGAGCGGUUGGUUCUUGAGUGUCGGCCACCCUGGGGCUACCCAAAUCCUUCUGUCUCAUGGUGGAAAGACGGGAGACCCCUGGUCCUACAGACAGGCAGGCACACAGUGUCUGGGGGUCUCCUGACGGUGGCAAGAGCAGAGAAGAAUGACACGGGGACCUAUAUGUGUAUGGCCACCAACAAUGCAGGACAACGGGAGAGCCGAGCAGCCAGGGUGUCUGUCUGGGAGUCAGAGAACCACAAGGAAUAUUUGGAACUUCUGGCUGUUCGCAUCCAACUGGAAAACGUGACCCUGCUGAACCCGGAACCCGUGAAAGGCCCCAAGCCUGGACCAACUGUGUGGCUCAGCUGGAAGGUGAGGCCGAGGACCCAGGAAGUGAGAACUCAUCCAGAUGAGGGCUCUCAUGAACUCCCCCAAACACUUAUCCCUACUCCAACCUCUUCCCAGGUGAGCGGCCCUGCCGCGCCUGCCGAGUCCUACACAGCCUUGUUCAGGGCCCAGAGGACCCCCAGGGACCAGGGAUCUCCAUGGACAGAGGAGAUGCUGGGUGGCUUGCAGAGCGCAAAGCUUGGGGGCCUCCGCUGGGGCCAGGACUACGAGUUCAAAGUGAGACCGUCCUCUGGCCGGGCUCGAGGCCCAGACAGCAAUGUGUUGCUCCUGAGGGUGCCAGAACAAGUGCCCAGUGCCCCACCUCAAGAAGUGACCCUAAAGCCUGGCAAUAGCAGCAUCCUUGUGAGCUGGGCUCCACCGCCUCCCGAAAACCACAAUGGUGUCAUCCGUGGCUACCAGGUGUGGAACCUGGGCAAUACCUCUCUGCCUGCUGCCAACUGGACUGUUGUGGGUGAACAGACCCAGCUGGAGAUCUCCACACGGGUGCCAGGCUCCUACUGUGUACAAGUGGCUGCAGUCACUGGUGCCGGGGCCGGCGAGCCCAGUAGCCCUGUCUGCCUCUUUUUAGAGCAGGCCAUGGAGCAGUCGGCUCGAGACCCCGGUAAACAUGCUUUCUGGACCCUGGAUCAGCUGAGGGCCACCUUGAGACGGCCAGAAGUCAUCGCCAGCGGUGCUGUCCUGCUCUGGCUGCUGCUACUAGGCCUUGCUGUGUGUAUCUACAGACGCCGCAAAGCUCGGGUGAACCUGGGCCCAGGUCUGUACAGAUAUACCAGUGAGGAUGCCAUUUUAAAACACAGGAUGGACCACAGUGACUCCCCGUGGCUGGCAGACACCUGGCGUUCCACCUCUGGCUCCCGAGACCUCAGCAGCAGCAGCAGCCUCAGCAGUCGGCUGGGAGUGGACCCUCGGGACCCACUGGAUGGCAGGCGCUCCUUGAUCUCCUGGGACCCCCGGAGCCCUGGUGUGCCCCUGCUUCCCGACACCAGCACUUUUUACGGCUCCCUCAUCGCGGAGCAACCCUCCAGCCCUCCAGUAAGGCCAAGCCCCCAGACACCAGCUGCUAGGCGCCUUCCAUCCAAGCUGGCCGGAACCUCCAGCCCUUGGGCCAGCUCAGAUAGUCUCUGCAGCCGCAGGGGACUCUAUUCCCCGCGCAUGUCUCUGGCCCCUGCAGAGGUUUGGAAAGCCAAAAAGAAGCAAGAGCUGCACCAAGCCAACAGCUCCCCACUGCUCCGAGGUGGCCACCCCAUGGAAAUCUGGGCCUGGGAGUUGGGAAGCAAAGUCUCCAAGAAUCUUUCGCAGAGCCCAGGCCCAAAGUCUUGUUCCCCAGGAGAAGUCCCCCGAACCGUGGUGACCUGGCGUGCCCCAGGAUCACAACUUCAACGCAACUCGAGUGAGCUAGCAACUCGUCCACUCCCUCCGACACCCCUUUCUCCUUGCGGAACACCCAGUCCCGAUCCACAGACCCAGUGUGUGGAGAAGCCCCAAGUGCCCUCCUCUGAUCCGCGGCCAGCAGCCCCUCUCUCCAUCCUUAACUCUUCCAGGCCUGCCAGUCCCCAGGUCUCUUUCCUCUCUUGUCCCAGCCCAGCUUCCAGCAACCUGUCCAGCUCCUCACUGUCAUCCUUAGAGGAGGAGGAUCAGGACAGUGUACUCACCCCUGAGGAGGUGGCCCUGUGCCUGGAGCUCAGUGAUGGGGAGGAGACACCCAGGAACAGUGUAUCGCCUAUGCCAAGAGCUCCUUCGCCCCCAACCACCUAUGGCUAUAUCAGUAUCCCAACAUCCCCAGGACUGGCAGACAUGGGCAGAGCCAGUGGGGGGGUAGGGUCUGAGGUUGGGAACUUAUUGUGCCCACCUCGGCCCUGCCCCACCCCUACCCCCAGCGAGGGCUCCCUGGCCAAUGGUUGGGGCUCAGCUUCUGAGGACAAUGCUCCCAGCGCGAGGGCCAGCUUGGUCAGCUCUUCCGAUGGCUCCUUCCUUGCAGACGCUCACUUUGCCCGUGCCCUGGCAGUGGCUGUGGAUAGCUUUGGUUUGGGUCUGGAGCCCAGGGAAACUGACUGUGUCUUCACAGAUGUUUCUUCACCACCCUCCCCUCGGGAUGACCUCUGCCUGACCCGAAGUUUCUCUCUGCCUCUGUGGGAGUGGAGGCCAGACUGGCUGGAGGAUGCUGAGAUCAGCAACACCCAGAGGCUGGGGAGGGGGCUGCCUCCCUGGCCUCCUGACUUUAGGGUCCCUUCCCAGCGAAGUCAGCUCAGUGGUGCUGUACGCAAGACUGGUGAUUCCUCCUGAAUUGUCCCUGAGAUAGCCAGAAGAGCGUCCAGACCACUCUCCUGUCUGUUCCCAGGUCUUCCCACGGGUGUCAGCGUUGGCCUAUGCUUCUCUGUAGUAGAGGUUCAUUAUCACUGGGCUUCUAGAGAGUUCUGUCACUGGGACUGUUAAAACAAAAGAAAGCAAACCAAACUACGACCUCAGGAGACUUGAAUUCCCACUGAGAACAAGACAACAUCAUCAUGACAUCAGAUUCUCUCCUCACAACCAGGGUAUUUGCCCUAAGUGAGCCUGACUCUUGAUCUCCUGUCCAUGUUGAUCACAGGAAGAAAAGAAGCCAACAGUGUCUUCAUGAAGGACAGAAAUGGCUGUUGGAGAGGGCUAUGGUGGAGGACACUUAGAAGCCUUCUCAUCUCUACCUGGACUAUGCACUUAGAGGCCAACUCAGUCCUUUUCCCAGCCACACCAGGCAAGGAAAGUAAAGGAGGAAGGUCAUGGGUACAGUGGGUCCUAUCUAGAAUCACAGUCAACACUUCAAACUUGCAUUAAUGGAGCAGACUGAAGGAAAAGAACCAGAAGAACUUGGAACCAAAGCACUAUCCUCAUGCCAUUGUCACUGUGAGCUUCAAGAACUUGAUACUAUAAAAACUA